CAUUGAAAUCCCUAUGCUGCGUCGCGCUAGGCACCACCCUGUAUACCUAUCUGUUAUGCUUUCCUUUUUGUUAUAGAUUUUCUAAAAAAUUAUGACCGUUAUGCAUAAUUUUCUUAGGAGGCCUUUAAGUAAACUGAUUUCAACAUGACGGAGCGCCGGCUCAUUCUAUCCAUGAUGCUUAUAGUAUUUGAAAAACAUUUUUGAAGCCAGAGGUUCGUGGCAUUGGAUUGGUUGAUUAUGUCGAUGUCAUGGAAAGCAUGUCAGCGGUGAUCAUUUUCUUUCCAGGAAUGCACUCGAUAUAAAAGUAUUCGCAUUCUAAACCUUUGCAGCCGGGACGACAAAUUCGCUAGUGGUUUCGUUCGCAACAGUGGGAUCAACGGCUUGUGGUCUGUGCGCAGAAUAAAAUCUUUGCCUAGCAAGUGCAUUUCAAAUUUCUCAUAUGCCCAUGUAGCCGCUCUAGUAGCUACUAGUGCUUCUCUUUCUAUCUGUGCAUAUCUGGAUUCAGUUUCUGACAUUUUCUGUGAUGCAUAGGAGAUUGAUUUUCAAAUUGCAUAUUUUUGCUCUUGUUCCAAUUCGGCCCCUAGACCAAAGGAUGAUGCAUCGUCUGCUACUCUUGUAUUUCUGUUAGGAUAAAAGUGGGCUAAUACCGGCGUUGAAGUUAAUGUCAUUCUAAUGUCACCUGUUUUCUUUCUGUCGAAAACAAUUCAUUUUUCGUGGAUAAAAGUUCUGCUUGCUGUAUGAGCCAAUUCUGGUAAAAGUCGAGGUAAAAGUCUUGCAUGCCUUAAAAUGAGUUGCUAUUUGAGUAGUACUUGCUACGCCAGUAAGUUAAAAAAACAUUUAAAGAAAUGUAACGCAAAGCCUUCACAAGAUGUACCAUAUUUACAAAAAAAUGUUAACGUCGAAGUAGAGUCCACGUCACAAACAAGGUCUCUGGCGAAUAUGCCAGUACCACAAUUGCUAGAAGUUAUUGCGAAGGUGAAUAAAAUCCACAAAGAUAUUCAAAACAGCAUACAAGAGAAACUUGCAACACACAGUGUUUUGGAUGAGGAAUUGGGUAACCCCGCAUAUGGACCCGCGACUAAAAAGCAUCUUGUACAAGUGUCAUCAAUUUUAGGUCUUUUACAAGAAUAUAAUUUAUUGCAGGAUGAUACAUGUUUUGUGGAACUUGGUGCAGGGAAAGGAAAAGUAAGUUAUUGGCUUGCAAAAACCUUGGAACUAUUGAGGCAUAGUUCUUCUAGUGUAUUAUUAGUAGAAAGGGCUUCGCUCAGACACAAGCAUGACAACAAACUAGAUAAAACAGAUGUUUCAGUUGUGAGAAUUAGAGCUGAUAUUGCAGACCUACUAUUGCCAGAGAUAGACACAAUAGCUAAGGCCAAGCACGUGGUUGGAGUUACAAAACAUUUAUGCGGUGAUGCUACAGAUUUAGCCCUCACUUGCUUAAUGAACUGUCAGUCUUCGGGAAAAGAUGUGACUGGAAUGGUGAUGACUUUCUGCUGUCUCCAUCGAUGCCACUGGAAUACUUAUGUUGGCAAACACUUUUUCGAACAUGUCGGUAUUAAUAGCGUAGAUUUUGACAUUAUGUGUGGUUUAGUAAGUUGGGCUGUUUGCGGAAGCGGGCAAAGCCGAGAGAAGAGGAAAAACGAUGAAAGUGGUUUAGGAGAAAAUGAAAGGUAUACACAGAUUGGACUUAACAGGUGUGAGAAAGAAACUGUUGGGAAGAAAUGUAAAGAUCUCAUCAACUGGGGUAGGAAAAUAUAUUUGCAAAACCAAGGCUUUAACUGUGAUUUAUGCUACUAUGUAAAUUCAAACAUUACGUUGGAAAAUGUAUGCAUUAUUGCGAUGAAAGCAAAUAAAGAAGUGUAAACUUCUAAUGAGAGUA